AUGGACAAGAAGAUGGAUAUCCACUCCGGUGCGUCAUGCACCCAGAGGGCGAGGCUCGCGCCAUCGGCGACGGCCUCCUCCGGUGGUUUGGAGGUAGCGGCUGGAAGCGGCGAGGGUGCGCCUACUGGAUCCGAGGAUCAAGAAGAGCAGUCUGGUCCGGACCGCAUCAGCGACCUCCCGGACGGUGUGCUCGGUGAGAUCAUCUCCCGUCUGUCCACUAAGGAAGGCGUUCGUACUCAAAUCCUCGCACGUUGUUGGCGCCCUGUUUGGCCCACCAUUCCUCUGAAUCUGGACAGCCGUGAGAUCCCUGUCGCUCGUCUUUUUAACCCUCUAGAAACAAUUCAUAUCGAAAUCAUCAGUAGGGCCUCUGCCUACAGCGAGGAGCUUGCUCGCAUAAGAUACAUCGGAACUUGGCAUCAGGGAAAAACAGUUCCUGAUGAUGGUUCAUCCCUUCCAGAGUCCAUCUUCUCCAGCCAUGUGGGCGCAGUUCUCCGCCUUUGUAUACCGGUGUGCUACCUCCAAUGCAGACCCUCUACUGUCCACGCCUGGAUCGAGUCCCCCAGAUUGAACAAUCUCCAGAUACCAGACCAUUAUGUAGAGGUACUUGAACUACCACUGGUCAAGAGACUUUUGCUUGUUGAGGUUGAUAUAUCAGACUUCUCGUUGCAAAGCAUGAUCAACUCUAGUUGCCCUGCACUCGAGUGCCUGCUGCUUGUUCGCAAUGGAGAAAGGCAUCGGAUCACAAUAAAUUCCCCUAACCUUGUAAGCAUCAGCAUCCGUGGUGAGAAAGGAGAAUUCAUCAUCGAGGAUGCCCCCUCACUUCAAAGGUUGAUCCAUGAUCUCCAGAGCAAUAACAUGGAGGUAUUCAUCGUCUCUGCACCCAAACUGGAGACAUUGGGCAAAUUCAGGAUCUCGCUUGACUCCACAGGUCUUAUGGGAGGAAACUUUCCUGAUGGUGCAAGAAAUAUUUGGCGUCGCAAGCACCGCGAGUUUCUCAAAGAACACAUCAUUUAUUUAAAGACAGUAAUGCUGGAAGAUUAUGAAAAGAGUGGGAAGAACACUGAGUUUGCGAGGUUCUUUAUUCUGAAUGCAACGGAGCUAGAGACCAUGAGGAUUAAGUUUCGCUUUCCCUCAGACUUCACGCAAGAAUUUUAUGAAGAGCAACAGAAGUUGUUCCUGUGGGAGAAUAAAGCUCCCAAACACGCCCAUCUCAAGUUAUCAGCAUGA